UGAUGUUGUCGUUGUGUGUUGAGUACUUGUCUUACAUCACGCUGACAGUGAGUGAGCAACAUUGAGAGGAGUGAGCUACGUGCCCAUCCAUCCAGAGUGUCUCCUGCUGUCUCCGCCGUGUCCUCAGUGUCUCCCCGCCGCAGACAUGACUCUGUCUCUUGGCUGGCUCUCGACUGUGGCCGCGGCUGUUUUCUCCGCUCAUGUUGUGCAGAAACUCUGCUUCCCGUACUUCUGGAGGGACCUGCUGUUCCUGCUGAAGGUGAUCAGGUACGGCGUGAGGCUGGAGCUGUUCAGGCUUACCUCCCGCGUGUGCACGGUCCUGGACCGGUUCAUCCAGCAGGCGCAGCGCAUACCUGACAAGCCGUUCGUCAUCUACGAUGGAAACGUACACAGCUACCGGGACAUCGAGAACCGCAGCAACAGACUCGCCAAUGUUUUUCUGGACAGAGUGAAGUUGGAGACAGGAGACUGCGUUGCCCUGCUCAUGAACAACGAGCCCGACUUCCUGUGCGUUUGGUUCGGCUUGGCGAAGGUCGGCUGCUCCGUGGCUUUUCUCAACACCAACAUCAAGUCCAAGUCUCUGCUCCACUGCAUCACCUGCUGCGGGGCCAAAACUCUCAUCGUGGGUCCAGAUUUAGUGGAAAGUGUGGAAGGUAUCCUCAGCAGCCUGCAGGAGGACAACAUUCAGGUAUGGGCCAUGAAGAGCCACAGUGAUCACACGCACGUGCACACUCUGUUGGACAAGAUCAACGCUGCCUCCAACCAGCCUGUGCCAGCAGUGUUACGUGCCACCAGCUCCUUAAAAGCCCCCACUCUCUAUAUCUUCACCUCUGGAACAACAGGGCUCCCCAAGGCUGCAGUGAUCACUCACCUCCAGAGCCUGAAGGCAGCAGCGGGGUUUUGGGCGUUUGGAGCCACUGAAGAUGAUGUGAUGUACAUCCCUCUGCCGCUGUACCACAGUGCAGCUUCACUGAUCGGUAUAGGAGGAACCAUAGAGCUGGGUGCAACCUGCAUCUUGAAGAAGAAGUUUUCAGCCUCCCAGUUCUGGAAUGACUGUCGAAAACAUGAUGUCACAGUUUUCCAGUACAUUGGUGAACUCUGCAGAUACCUCUGCAACCAGCCAAAGACAGAGGAGGAUAAAGUUCACAAGGUGCGGAUGGGAGUGGGAAACGGGCUGCGACAGGACGUCUGGCGGGAGUUUCAGAGUCGCUUUGGAAACAUUAAAAUGUGCGAGGUGUAUGGCUCCACUGAGGGAAACUUGUGCUUCAUGAACCACAUCAGCAAGAUCGGAACUGUGGGACGCUCCAACUUCUUCUACAAGCUCCUGUUUAAGUAUGAUCUGAUAAAGUAUGACAUGGUUAAAGAUGAACCAGUGAAAGAUCCAUAUGGUUUCUGUCAGCGAGUAGAAAAGGGUGAGACAGGCCUCUUACUGUCCAAAGUGAGUGCCAUCAGCCCGUUCUUUGGCUACGCUGGAGGCAAGCAGCUGACUGAGAAGAAGCUGAUGAGAAAUGUGUUUGUAAAGGGAGAUGCCUACUUUAACACUGGCGACCUCAUGGCUGAGGACCAGGAGGGCUUCAUCUGUUUCAGGGACAGAGUGGGAGACACCUUCAGGUGGAAGGGUGAAAAUGUAGCAACAACCGAGAUAACAGAGAUUCUAGGACUGGUGGAUUUUAUCCAAGAGGUCAAUGUAUAUGGAGUGGAAGUACAAGGGCACGAGGGCAGAGCAGGUAUGGCUGCCAUGAUUGUAAGACCUGGCCUUUCCUUCGAUGGGAAGAAACUUUUUGAGCAUGUGGUGAGGGAUUUACCAGCGUAUGCUCGUCCGCUGUUCAUACGGCUUCAGGAGGUCAUGGAAAUCACAAGCACCUUCAAGCAGCAGAAGUUCCACCUGGUACAGAGCAGCUUCAACCCCUCAACAAUCUCUGAUCUUCUCUUUGUGUUGGACUACCAGCAGAAGAGCUACAUUCCUCUAACAGACAGUAUCUACAAAAGUAUCCUCGCAGGAGAACGCAAGCUCUAGAAGUCCCUGGUGAUGAUACAGUUCCAAACAAUGCACAGAGGGAGAGAAUUGCGCUCUGCCUAUUGGAGCACAUUAUAGUAAGUGAAAUUAAGAAGAUUUACUGAGGUCUGAAUGAAAAGCCAGCAUCUAGUUACUGAAUUAGAGGAUCACAAACAAUUGAUUUACACAUGUGAACAGUAAUGUCCCGUGACAUUUCUUUGUUAAACAAAACAUGGAAGGGAUUAAAAUGAACCUGAACAUAUCACUGUGAAACAACAAUUUAUAAAUCAACGUUAUUUUAGCCCUCACACCUUCAGCUGAAACAGUUGUGUUUGAGAUGGUAACAUAAAAGCUCUUCAUUUAUCUAUUUAUUUGAUGAAAACAGAGCAACACAUAAUUGAAAAGCUUUAAGGAUUUAGUGGCAACUAGUGGUGAGGCAACCCAUUCUCGUUCCCAGGUCAUCAAAUACUGACACUUUGUCAGGUCACAUUGCCGUGCACAUGGCACCCUUUAGAGUCUAUGUUCAGCACAGCUGAAACACACUAACAAGCUGGUGAUGUUGUUCAAUGUUUGUGGUUCAGUUUAAGCAACAAAACUACUUAGGUUUAGAGAAAAGAUCAUGUUAUGGGUUAAAAUAGGUACCCUUGAUAUGGGACAUAUUUUUCGUUAUGUGAUGUCGAUAUGCGACCACUGUACGUAAAUUACAUAACGUUUUACCUCAAAGGUCACUUUUGGUUUCACACAGUACAUGAAAUGCCUCCCUUCCUCCCCUGCCCUGACUUUCUCCCUAUCUCUACUCUUUUUUUCUCACUUGCUCUCAGCGUCAAGUAUUGCUGCCGAUAGAUUCAAACUGGAGUGAGCUGAAAGCUCAGUGCAUCUCAUAAAGAUGCUAAAGCAUGUUUUUGGUGGUGAUGUCACAUGCUGAGGGGGUUGACAAAGCGUCACUAUUUGAUGGCCUGGGAAUGAUAACGAGCUGCAUGAAGUUUUCAGAUUGCAACCAACUGAAACCUCCAUGUGCCAAGCAUAUAGGAAAACUACAGUAGGUAAUGCAAAAACUGCAUAUAUGCAAAUAGGCCUAUCUAGAGCCCAUGUUUGGUUUGUCCUUUCUGGGCUACUGAAGAACAACAUGGUGGACUCUGUGGAAGAGGACCCGCUUUGUA